GCCCGCGCCUCCACUCCUCGAUCGCCCCCCGGCUUCGCUUCCCUCCAACUCCACCCCUCCCCCUUCCUCCUCCCCGUACAGCAGCAGAGCAGAGCGCGAGGCGCAUAAAAAAUGGCACCGCCACCACCACGCAAGCAGCAGUUUCUGGAAGCCGCCCGCGUGCCCUUAAAGGCGCCGCGCGCGCCGGUCGCCUCCCCUCCCCACCCGCUGGCGCCGGCGCUGGCGCUCGCCCGUUUUAAAUCACCGUCCAGCCCGGCAGCAGCUAGGCCGGCCGCGCCCAAUCACCCGUUCCGCCACCGGGGGCUCCGCUCCGCACUGCUGGUGGUGCUCACCCUCACCUGCUGCUCUCCCUUUCUUCCUUAUUCCCUCCCUCCCUCCCUCCCCCUCUCCGGCCUCGGAACAGGGAGGGCUCUGCCUCUGCCAGGUUUAGUUGCCGUUGCCGGCCGGGGGGAGCGGGAACCCCCCCGCUCGAUCGAGCUCCUCGCGCGGGCGUUUUGACCAUGUCAUGUGGCCCCUCUGCGUCAUCUCCGAGAAGCUCUUCAGGAUGGCGGGCGACGACGGCGGGCACGGCCCGGGCUCGCCUUCCGCCGACUACGCCCAGAUUCCCCUAGCGCGCCGAUCGUACUGCGUCGAUGUUCCACAUGUGCAGCAGGCCUUCACCUGGGACUGCGGCCUCGCCUGCGUGCUCAUGGUGCUCAGGACGCUGGGGAUUCAUUGCUGCCACGGCAUUGCCGAUCUCGAGAGGCUCUGCCGCACCACAAGCAUUUGGACAGUCGACUUGGCGUAUCUCUUAAACAAGUUUUCAGUUAGUUUUUCUUUCUUUACGGUGACUCUUGGAGCAAAUCCGCAAUAUUCUGCUGAAAGCUUUUAUAGGGAGCAAUUGCAAGAAGAUAUUGAUCGAGUCGACGAGCUAUUUGGGAAGGCACUUGAAGCUGGAAUUAGUAUUCAAUGCAGAUCCAUCAGUGCAUAUGAUAUUGCUUUUCUACUGUUAUCCGGGCACUGCAUUGCCAUUGCAUUAGUGGAUAAGUCAAAGCUAAAUUCCUCUUGGAUGAAUGAUGUACAUGAUGUACAACAGCUCAAUGAGGAUUCAGAUUACAUGGGGCAUUAUGUCGUAAUAUGCGGGUAUGAUGCUGAUGAUUGUGAAUUUGAGAUAAGGGAUCCUGCCAGUUCCAGGAAGCGCGAAAGGGUGACAAUGAAGAGCCUAGAUGAGGCCCGCAAAUCCUUUGGAACCGAUGAGGAUAUUCUCUUGGUAGGAGAAACAGUGUCUCCUUAACAGGAAAGAGCGGAAUGAAGGUCACGCGUAAAUUCCUCGCCGGCUCCAUGUAAAUAGCUCGCCAAGCCUCCAGCCCCCUUGUGUAUACGUUGUACAUGCCCCUGUAGCUAUGAUUGUCGAUUGCCAGCCUUGUAAUUUUACUGCCGAUAGGAACAGUGUGCCAGGAAAGGUAGUUAGCUUCGGUUUUAUGGUUUAUUGGCUCAUGGCAUCACCAAAGUCCAGCUGCGAAGGGUUCAGCAGCGGCGGCAGCAAAAAUUGCUGCUCUUGUGUAGUUGCAAAUGGAAUGGUGCCGUAGCAGCCAGAAAUGCUGCUCUUGUGUAGUUUACCGCUGGCAGCAGCUGCAAACAGUUCUGCCGAUCUUGUAACGAGCAAAAGCUAUACGAUCAUAUCUGAACGUGAACAGAUCUUCCUUGGAGUGUUCCGCA